AACUCAACGACAGCGUUUCGGCCUCUCGACGAGACUUGGUCAACUGCAAGAUACCAGCACAACUUUUCACCGUGCUUUGCUACGCUUUGACUGUGAUCAUUGCGCAGGUAAAGAGGAGCAGGACCCCCUGAACUGUCCCAACUUUGCCACCUCGGAGCGACAGAAUUGGACUUUGCUCUGGACUCGUCAAUGAUCACACGGACAUUUGCACAAGCACGAACCGACCUCUCAUAAGGACACUCAUAGCCGCCUCACCGCUACGGACCAAGUAGCUCUUCAAGGACCCGAUUCUCCUUCGUGACUUGAGAUUCACACUUGGCCACAUCAAACCUCAGCUGGCACGAAACCAGCAGACAACCGUUUGCCCUAGGAGCCAAGAAAGCCGAGCAGGCCUCGGUAGGUUGGUGCGUUUGAGGAGUCGAGGUUCUUGUUUGUUUGAAGGUAUUACGAACAUGGUCGACCAGGGCGAGCCCGGGGGAGUGGUCCAACCCGCUGUAGUUGAGGGCCGGAGCUUGGCCGUGCUGUACGGGAGUGAGACUGGAAACGCCGAGGACAUUGCCGUCGAGCUGGGCAGGAUUGCCGAGCGAUUCCACUUCCAGACUACUGUGGAUGAGAUGGAUAGCUUCAAGCUGGCAGAUGUGUUGCGUGCUUCUCUCGUCAUCUUUGUCACAUCAACAACCGGCCAGGGCGAGAUGCCAAGGAACACUCUGAAGUUCUGGAAAAACCUCAGGCGUGAGAAACUCAACAAUACGAACUGCCUCAGAUCGCUGCGAUUUGCCAUCUUUGGGCUGGGCGACAGUUCAUAUCAAAAAUUCAACUGGGCAGGGAGGAAACUGCGAGCGCGGCUCCUUCAACUUGGCGCGACCGAGUUCUUUAGGCCCGGGGAAGGAGAUGAGCGGCACGACAACGGCAUCGACAGCAUCUACCUCCCGUGGUAUCAGGAGCUCAAGGCAACAUUACUCGCCGACUAUCCGCUCCCAGAAUCUCUGAACCCCGUCCCCGACGACGUCCUGCUCCCUCCUAAAUACUCCCUCGAGCUGGCCCCGGCUAUGGAAUUUGUGCUCCCCACUCGACCCAAGGCUAGGACUAUGGCGCGGUCUCAGGAUGACGUCGACGAGAGCAGAUUCCUUGCCUUAAAGACCAAGAGUGCCGCUCGCUCCCACGUUGACCGUUCCGUGACUCAGGAGGACCGGGCGUAUGAACAUUCGAUACGACACCAGGCCUCCUUCCCGGCCGACAUCGCCCGGCGAGACGCGGCCUUCGAGCGAGAGGAGCCGCGGCGCUACGACAUACUAGACAGAGACAACAUCCUGAAAGACUAUCCAGAGAAGUAUCUCCUCCAACAGCAGCCCGCCCGCGUAUUAGAAUCUCCGCCCGACGAUCUGCUCCCAAUACCGGACGCGCAUAAUGCCCAACUGGUGCGCCAUGAUCGGGUGACGCCCGCAGGUCACUGGCAGGAUGUCCGCCACCUUCGCCUGCAUGUCUACAUCGGCGAUAAGCUAAUCAAAGAGGCCCUCGAACACAGCGGCCAGCUUACUGUUGUCCUCUGGCCCAAGAACUACCCAGAAGACGUCCAGGAGCUGAUCGACCAGAUGGGCUGGGGAGCACACGCAGAUACACCACUCCAGCUUAAGAGUGCCCCUAGGGGCCUCUAUGUUGACAACCAGCGGACCGCGACCCUGCGACAGCUCCUGACUCACAACCUGGAUUUUACCGCAGUGCCCAAGCGCAAUUUCAUCAAGGAUUUGGUCCAUUUCACUCGAGACGAGAGGGAGCAGGAACGGCUCCGCGAGCUCACCCAAGUUGGGAACGAGCAGGAGUUCUACGACUAUACGUGCCGGCCCCGACGGACCAUCCUCGAACUGCUGCGCGACUUCCCCGGCGUAAAGAUACCGUACAACAGAGUCCUCGAUCUGUUUCCCAUCAUCCGCGGCCGCGAAUACAGCGUUUGCAACGGAGGCUUAAGCCUCAGACGGGCUGACUUGAGGCACGUGCUGAGUGUCGAGCUCCUGGUCGCUCUCGUUGAGUACAAGACCAUAAUUCGCAAGCCUCGCCAGGGCCUCUGCUCCCGCUACCUCAAGCACCUCCCUGUCGGCACGCGGCUGACCGUUCAGCUGAAGCCAGCAAGCGGGCCGCGUCUGGUCGGGGACCUGCCCGCGGCGAAGCGGCCCAUGAUCGCCGUCGCAACCGGCACCGGCAUCGCCCCGAUCCGCGCCCUGAUGGAGGAUCGAGACUCGUAUCGUCGAGUAGCGGGCGACACCCUCCUCUUCUUCGGCUGCCGCAACCGCGCCGCCGACUUCCAUUUCGCCAGCGAGUGGCCCACGUAUCCCAACCUCAAGGUCCACGCCGCCUUCUCCCGCGACAGGAUCGAGCCGGACCCGGCCACGACGGCUACCUCGCCCGCGCCCUCGGACACGCUCGCCCAGUCGCUCGAGCUCGUCUACGGCGCCAAGGACACGGUCCAGUACGACGCCCGCAAGAACUACGUCCAGCACCUCAUCCGCAAGCACGCCGACGAGGUCGGCGCUCUCAUGCGCCGCAACCCCAUCGUCUGCGUGUGCGGCAACGCCGGCCGGAUGCCCAUCUCGGUGCGCAAUGCCUUCUUGGAUGCGCUGGUCAUCAGCGGCGUGGUCGACGACAAGGAGGAGGCCGAGAAGUGGUUUGCCAACCCGGCGAACCUCACGUUUUGGCAGGAGACGUGGUAGAGAGAGAGAGAGAGAGAGAGAGAAGACGGCUGGCGAGAGAUGGCGAGGACUGGAGAUCGAGGGGUCAAGUUGUCAAGGCAGGAGCCGGACUUAUUGCUUAUGGAGAAUAUGAGGGAAUGGAUUUCCUGUUUUCCGGCUGAGAAUGCCAAAGACUGAACUGCGGCUGAGAGGGCCGUUUAGUUCUUCUCCCUGGGACUGUGGAACUUGGACAUUUCUGCGGAGAUGCAUUGGAGGUGGUUGGCUUUCGGAACCUGCUUGUGUGCAUGCAUGGGAUGCGGGAUGGUCAGGCGGAUAGAUUAUAUGGGAGAAUACAUUAAACUGCGG